AUGGCGUCUAACCCUCCAUCUACUUGCUGCACCAUUGGGGUCAAGCAUGAAGGCACGCCCACAGGCACCUCCAUCAAAAUCGGCUCUAUCGACGCCUAUGAAGCCCCCGCCACAGGCAAGACCGUUCACGCCGACACGGCGAUCCUCUUCCUGCCCGACGUGAUCGGCAUCUGGCAGAACUCGCAACUCAUGGCCGACCAAUUCGCCGCUAAUGGUUAUUACACGGUCAUCCCGGACUUGUUUAACGGCGAUCCGUUGAGCCUGAACCGACCAGCUGACUUUGAUUUCACGGGUUGGCUGACCAAGGGGACGGGGGGGAAUAAUCCGCAUACGUGGGAGGCGGUGGACCCGAUUGUGAGGAACAGCAUUGCGUUCUUGAAGGAGAAGGGUUUCAAGAGGAUUGGCGCUGUGGGGUACUGUUUUGGUGCCAAAUACGUCAUCCGCUUCAUGCCAACCGGCAAGGGUAUCGACGUUGGCUUCGUCGCACACCCCUCUUUCGUCGAGGAGUCCGAGCUCUCGGCCAUCAAGGGCCCGCUGUCUAUCGCAGCCGCGGAAACCGACCAGAUCUUCCCAACGGAGAAGCGCCACCGCUCCGAGGAGCUCCUCAUCGAGACGAAGCAGCCGUACCAGCUCAAUUUGUUCAGCGGGGUCGUGCACGGCUUCUCCGUGCGGUGCGAUCCAAGCAAGAAGCAGGAACGGUUUGCGAAGGAGCAGGCGUUCUUGCAGGCAGUUACUUGGUUCGAUGAGUAUCUGCUUUGA